AUGGAAACUCAGUCUUAUCCUUGGCUGGUCAUGCGUCGUGAGAGUGAUGGGCAACGGUGUACCUUUUACAGUAUAUCAAAAAACAGAUAUUACACAAAAGUGAUUCCAAGUAUGCAAAAUAAAGAAAUAUGCACUUGCUCUUAUGGAUGGUUGGUGUUGAGAUAUCUCACUUCAAAAGAUUGUCACCUUUUGAAUCCCUUCUCUAUGGACGAGAUUCAACUUCCUCGAUUGGAAAACAACUACGAGUGUUGUGUUUUAUCAUCAUCGCCAAGCGACUCAGAUUGCUAUAUUCUAUUCAAUACUUAUGAUGAUGAUCAGGAAAAAAUUGUUAUGUUUUACCAACCAGAUGGAGAUGACAAAUUUAUUAAAAAGGAAAUCGACGUUGGUUUUGAGUUUGACUUUUUAACAGCAAUAAUGAUUGAAGGGAAGUUAUAUGGUUUCAGACUUCGACAUAGUUUGGUUUGUUUUAGUUUCAAGGGUAUUGAACUUGAGCCCAAGAGUGUGUUAAUGGAGGAAUUUGCUUGGCCAUCCAAUCGAAAUAUAUACCGUUUUCGGAACUAUCUGGUAGAGGCUUGUGGCGAGCUCUUACUUGUACACAAGAUGUUAUUUGGAUUGGACUUGGCAGAGGUGCGUGGCUUUUUGGUGUUUCGAUUUGAUUUUUCAGAAAACAAAUGGGUGAAAACGAACAACCUCAAAGGAUGCACCAUCUUUCUUUCCGAGAGAAGAGGCAUGGCUUGCUCUGCAGCAGAAUUGGGUGUUAAACAAAACUCAAUCUACUUUAUACAACCAUCAGACACAUGCCUUCGCGUUUUUGACUUGGAGGAUGAUACUUUUUCAUUAACUUUGCCUUGUCCCACAAUAAGCUGUGAUGCGGAAUUCGAUUGGAUUACUAUCUUGCAAGAGACAAGAACAAAAUAUCCUACCAAAAUUUAA